AUGGGCGACUACAAGCAGGUCCGCUCAUCUUCGCCUUCAAACCACCAUCGCGACAGCGACGAACUUGAGCUACAGGAACAUGAUAUCCCGGCAAAGACGCCGAAUCCAGGCGACGAGCAGCAUGAACGCCUUUUGUCGGAUGACGACGAGGAGAAGCUGAAGGAUGAUCACGAUGAGGACGACGACGAAUCUGCUAGGAAGCGACGGAGAAGAUGGUGGCGUCUAGGGCUGUAUGGUCUCACCGGACUCCUUGUCCUGACAGCUAUGGCCGUAGCGCUGAACUAUUUCUACCUUGAAGAAGUGGAGGACGAGCCAGCCAGCACAUUUCGUCGUCCGUCGUCCGACUAUGUUAUCGAUCCGGACUGGGACUACGACGCGCCUCCCACGGUGCGCGAGUAUCACUGGGUCAUUUCCGACAUCACAGCCAAUCCAGAUGGAGUCUUCCGGCCGAUGAUGGUGAUAAACGGACAGUUCCCUGGCCCCAUGAUCGUGUGCAACGAAGGUGACACCGUCGUCGUCAAUGUGGUGAAUGAGGCAAGGAAUUCCACCGCCAUACACUGGCAUGGUCUCUUCCAGAACGGCACGAAUUGGAACGACGGGACUGUGGGUGUCACGCAAUGCCCCAUCGCAUCGGGCCGCUCAUAUCGCUAUGAGUUCGUAGUGAAGGGUCAAGCUGGUUCAUUCUUCUAUCAUGGGCAUCAAGCGGCCCAAAAUUUAGAUGGCCUAGCUGGCCCGUUGAUUAUCCUUUCUCAGGAGGAAAGAGAUACUCAACCGAUUGCAUAUGAUUCGGACCGUGUAAUAAUGGUGCAGGACUGGUACCAUGAUCUAUCAGAUGGCCUACUGAGGAAGACACUCUCUCCUGGGAGCGAGGCGUCGCCAACCCCGAACGGAGCCUUGAUCAACGGGGCGAACAAGGUGGACUGCUCCUUGCACAAGAAUCGUCGAUGUGAUGCAUCGUCGGCACUAAUACCAACGAUUGACCUCGCGCCGCACAAACAACACCGACUUCGGGUGAUCAACGUCGGCGGUUUCGCCUGGUUUGAAGUCAGUGUUGACAAACAUACGAACCUUCCUGUGACAGAAGUCGACGGAGCAACCGUCGAGCCGCUGUCCGACUCAACCUUACUCGUCGGGCCUGGUCAACGGUACAGCCUCGUGCUCUCCACCAACCAAACCGAUCCUUCUAAUCUGUACUGGUUCCGAGCACGCAUGAUCAACCACUGCUUUGCCGAGAAUGUCCUCCCUGAUGAUGGCGUAGCUACGGCGCAGGCAGUUCUCAGGUACAACUCAACAGGGCCCGCGACCAAAUCCAAAGGCCAGGCUGUUCUCCCCCACACCGAAAACGACAGCGGGAAAUUUACAGUGAUAUGCAAGGACAAGGCCCCAGACACCUACAAACCUGUACCUGCGCGGCCGGCACCGGAGUUUGCGCACCACUCGUGGUAUUUACGAGUGAACCUGGAAAUCGGUGACUGGCGCUUAGAGAGAGGCUUCGUGAAUAAGAGCACGUUCCGGCCGCAGCUGCAGUCUCCAACACUCCACCGACUGGUGGAGGGUCUGAAUAACGCCAAUAAUACAUUCGACGUGGAAGGCGUGAACGAUAAGGCUUUUGAUACUAAGAACGAGCUGGUCGUCAGCUCGGGAGGAGUCGAAGUGGUGGACUUGGUACUCCAGAAUUUCGACGAGGGCAACCACCCCUUCCAUUUACAUGGUGCGCAGAUGUUUAUCCUGGCGGCAGGGCACGGCUAUUUCCCAGGAUACCAGGCACUAGGCCUCCAGGAGGAGGGAAAGGGUCUUCUGGACCCUAACAAUAACACCAUCAUCGCGAACCCUGUCCGGCGAGACGUCACGACCAUCGAGGCCUUUGGAUGGACGUUGGUCCGUUUCAUCGCUGAUAACCCUGGCGUGUGGCUCUUUCACUGCCAUAUGAUCUGGCACGCAGAGGCGGGCAUGGCGAUGCAAUUUGCAUCUAGGCUUGAUCUGAUGAGGAACUGGACAAUUCCGGCGGAGAACACACAGUUGUGCGAGGCACCUAUAGAAGAGCUUGAGAAGGGCUCAACGCCAAAGGAUAGUAUAUGGUAUGGACACUUCGAGGAUGAUUCCUGA